GGAACAUGGUAAUAUAUUUUAGGGCUUAAAAAUAGGUAUUUUUUCCAAGAUUAAAGCUAUGAGUAACUUUAGACCACACCAUUGUUACAUCUACACGAUAAACAGUAGAGCCUAUGUUUUAGCCACAUGAUGUCGCUGUCUACCAUAGAGUGCUCUCUAGGAAGGAAAAUACCCAGAGCCCCUUUGUUACUCCAGAGAAGCGCAGCCAUACGAGAAGCAGCAGGACUUCAGCAGAGACUAGAACAUUUAAACUUUUGCAAGACAUGCUCUACUAAUUUGAUCAACUUACCGAGUAUUGGUAAUGGUGUCUUCUAUGAGAAGGGGCCGAGACGCCCGGAGUCGUCUGCUCUUUUUUCUGUUCGUCGCAGCCUGGGAGGCGGGGAGCGGCCAGCUCCACUACUCAGUGCCCGAGGAGGCCAAGCACGGCACCUUCGUGGGCCGCAUCGCGCAGGACCUGGGGCUGGAGCUGGCCCAGCUGGUGCCGCGCCUGUUCCGGGUGGCGUCCAAGGGCCGCGGGGACCUUCUGGAGGUGAAUCUGCAGAACGGCAUUUUGUUUGUGAAUUCUCGGAUCGACCGCGAGGAGCUGUGCGGGCGGAGCUUGGAGUGCAGCAUCCACCUGGACGCGAUCGUGGACAGGCCGCUGCAGGUUUUCCAUGUGGAGGUGGAGGUGAAAGACAUUAACGACAACCCACCGGUAUUUCCCAUGACAGUGAAGACUAUCCGGUUUCCUGAAUCUAGGCUGCUUGACUCGCGGUUUCCUCUAGAGGGAGCAUCUGAUGCAGAUAUUGGAGUAAACGCUCUUCUUUCCUACAAACUCAGCUCCAGUGAGUUUUUCUUUCUAGACAUACAGACAAAUGAUGAACUCAGCCCAUCUUUGUCUCUCGUGCUGGGGAAAUCUCUGGACAGGGAGGAAACUGCCGAGGUUAAUUUGUUACUGGUGGCUACAGAUGCGGGCAAACCUGGGCUUACAGGCACCGUUCAAAUACUGAUUAAGGUAUUAGAUGUGAAUGACAACGAACCUACUUUUGCCCAAUCGGUUUAUAAAGUGAAAUUGUUAGAAAAUACAGCAAAUGGAACCUUAGUGAUUAAGUUAAAUGCUUCUGAUGCAGAUGAAGGAUCAAACAGCGCGAUUGUGUACUCACUCAGUAGUGAUGUGUCCUCCGCUAUACAGACCAAGUUCAAAAUAGAUCCCAGCUCCGGGGAAAUAAGAACAAAGGGAAAAUUAGAUUAUGAAGAAGCGAACUCCUACGAGAUUCAGGUUAUUGCCUCUGACAAAGGAUCUCCGUCAAUGUCAGGACACUGUAAGAUUUCAUUAAAACUUGUGGACGUCAAUGAUAACACACCAGAAGUCUCAAUAACAUCCCUCGCACUUCCUAUCCCAGAGGACGCUCCACUGGGCACUGUCAUUGCUCUCAUCACGGUGUCUGACCUCGACUCAAGUGCCAACGGGCAGGUCACCUGCUCCCUGACGCCCCACGUCCCCUUCAAGCUGGCGCCCACCUUCAAGAAUUACUACUCGUUGGUGCUGGACGGCGCCCUGGACCGCGAGAGCGUGUCGGCCUACCAGCUGGUGGUGACCGCGCGCGACGGGGGCUCGCCCUCGCGGUGGGCCACGGCCAGCGUGGCGGUGGAGGUGGCCGACGUGAACGACAACGCGCCCGCCUUCGCGCAGCCCGAGUACACGGUGUUCGUGAAGGAGAACAACCCGCCGGGCUGCCACGUCUUCACGGUGUCGGCGCGGGACGCGGACGCGCGGGAGAACGCGCGGGUGUCGUACGCGCUGGUGGAGCGGCGGGUGGGCGCGCGCGCGCUGUCGAGCUACGUGUCGGUGCGCGCGGAGAGCGGCGAGGUGUUCGCGCUGCAGCCGCUGGACCACGAGGAGCUGCAGCUGCUGCGGUUCCAGGUGAGCGCGCGCGACGCGGGCGUGCCGCCCCUGGGCAGCAACGUGACGCUGCAGGUGUUCGUGCUGGACGAGAACGACAACGCGCCGGCGCUGCUGGCGCUGGUGGACGGCGGCCAGGCGCCCCAGGCCGCGUCGCGGGCGCUGGCGGGCUCCGCGGGCCCCGGGUCCGCGCUGGUGGACGUCAACGUGUACCUGAUCGUGGCCAUCUGCGCGGUGUCCAGCCUGCUGGUGCUGACGCUGCUGCUGUACACGGCGCUGCGGUGCUCGGCGCCGCCCCCCGAGGGCGCGUGCGGGCCGGGCAAGCCCCCGCUGGUGUGCUCCAGCGCGGCGGGGAGCUGGUCGUCUUCGCGGCCGAGGCGGCAGAGGGUGUGCUCUGGGGAGGGCCCGCCCAAGACCGACCUCAUGGCCUUCAGCCCCAGCCUAUCUCAAGGUCCAGACCCCGCAGAAGAAAGACUGCAGUCUUCAGAAUCGGAAUACUUAGGAAAGGUGAGCCUUUUAAUUUCUCUUUCCAAUUCUAGUAUUUUCUAUUUUUGUAUUUUCUACGAUAUAUUAAUUAUUUAA